AUGGGUCGCGAACUCCAGAAGAAGAAGAACCGGUCGUCCAUUCCCAAGAAGCGCAAGAAUGGACCCUCCAAGAAGAAGAUUCUGCAAAACCCCAUCAUAGCGAAGCACUGGUACGACACAAUGAACCAAAAAGAGACAUUAUCGCAAAAUUACCGCCGUCUCGGUCUGACAGCGCGCCUCAAUCACGCAACCGGUGGCACAGAGAAGACGAUUGCCCUUCUCGGCCUCAACGAUGAGAAAUCUUCGCGCGCCGACACCGUCGCCAACAGCACAGCAGACGCCCUCAACAUCGUUUCAAAAGCCAAGAAGCCCGAGAACAUCGCAAUCGAGGAGAUCGAAGUCGAGCGCGAUCCCGAGACAGGCGCUAUCCUCAACGUAACAGGCACACUCGACAAGAAGGACAACCCGCUGAACGACCCCCUCAAUGAGAUCGAAGAUGACAACGAGGAGAUGGAGUGGAACGGCUUCUCUAUGGUACCAGAGCGACCUGAAGAGGCCGAGAACCCAGUCAUCCGGGAACUUGAAGAGGCAGCCAUGAACGGCGCGAGGAAGGCACCCCGCGGACAGAGCCAAAGGGAGCAGGAGUGGGUAGAGCGAUUAGUAAACAAGUACGGGGAGGACUACGGAAAGAUGGCGAGAGACCGGAAGCUCAACCCCAUGCAGCAGACCGCUGCGGACAUCAAGAAGAGGGUCGCCAAGUGGCAGAAGGCGCAGAACAAGGCAUAG